CUGCCGCAUUUGGGAGCCCGGGUACUACUUGCGUCCGCCCAGGAUGUGCGCGGUCUCUCGGCGGUGCCGCCAUCUCCUUGGAAAGUACGGUAUUUAAAAGUCACCUGGGGACGGAGCUCCCUGAAACAGCGUGUGGCACUUGGUCGUUUGGGAUAAUCAGUAGUUAAUGGACUUCCGCAGUCAUGAAAGUUGUAUCGACACUUAAAGAGCCUCGGGCAGGCACACCAGUAUUCCCCUUAACGCAGCGCUCUGUCAUCUUGCUGGACAAAGUGAUUGCUGGAAGAGAGUGGAUUCCCAUUUUCCGUCGUAUUGGAACAGGUCACCAUUUCUUGAGUUAUCACCAGUUGCAUAUCAUAAAACCUUGGCAUCACUUCACUUGACAGGAUGUGUACAGCACAGAAAAUGCCCAUCUGCCAACUCAUUUGCACUCCUGGGCACAUUUUGUUAUGUGGAAUGGAGCUGUGGCAGUGGCAUGGAAGAAUCCUCUUUCAAGCUGGUUCACUGCUAUGCUCCAUUGCUUUGGUGGAGGAAUUUUAUCCUGUGUAUUGCUUGCGGAGCCUCCGUUGAGGUUUCUUGCAAACAACACUAAUAUAUUACUGGCAUCUUCGAUCUGGUAUAUUACAUUUUUUUGCCCAUGUGACCUAGUUUCCCAGGGCUAUUCUUUCCUACCUGUUCAACUCUUGGCUGCGGGAAUGAAGGAAGUGACCAGAACUUGGAAAAUAGUAGGUGGAGUCACACAUGCAAAUAACUAUUACAAAAAUGGCUGGAUAGUCAUGAUAGCUGUUGGAUGGGCCCGAGGUGCAGGUGGUAGCAUUAUCACGAAUUUUGAGCAGUUGGUAAAAGGAGGUUGGAAACCAGAAGCUAAUGAAUGGCUGAAGAUGUCCUACCCUGCCAAGGUAACCCUACUGGGGUCAGUUAUCUUCACAUUCCAGCACACCAAACAUCUGGCAGUAUCAAGGCAUAAUCUUAUGUUCCUUUAUACCAUGUUUCUUGUGGCCACAAAGAUAACCAUGAUGAUUACAGAGACUGCUACUGUGCCUUUUGCUCUCUUUGAGGACGCAUUGAGCCGGAUGCUGUUUGGUUGGCAGCAGCAGUUCACACCAUGUGAAAAGAAAAGUGAAACAAAAUCAUCUUUUAAUGGUACUGGUUCAUCGACCUCAAAACCUAUAGCUGUUGCUUCAGAUACUGUUAAAAAGAAACAUACCAAGAAGACUUAGUAAAUUUACUGUAUGAGCUCUAAAGGCAGAAUUUUUUUUUCUUACCUACCUGACAGAUUGUGAUAAAUAUUUGUAUGUAAAUGAUGUGAAAUAAAGUUUAUAUAAGGAAUGGAGGUGACAAAAGAAAGAACUUCUUUCUAUUUCAGGGAGAUUGUCUCUUUCUGGAUUGUAAUUUCUGAGUGUUACGAGUGUAUCAUGUGAAAUUGUUUUUCUAAGUUAUAUAUAAAAGAUUCUAUUGUGAUUAUUUUAAAAGUUUUAUAUUGAUAAAGGGGGCUUGAUUUUUUUCCUAAUGUUAGAAAAAGUAAACUUGCUAUGAUUGCAAACUAAUAAAAAUUAAAGCCUUUGUUUUAUUUAGGUAUUUUCAAACACAUUUUUUAUUUGAAUCUAUCCGAGCUUUAGUUCCGCAAAAUUAAACUUUUACUUAACGUGAUCAGUAUAAUUCCUAGAUAUGGAAAACAAUUCUUAUUUAAUUUUGAGCACUGGGAAAAGUAAACCUUCCCUAAAUCACUUUAUAUUAUGAAUGAAAAUAAAUGACUAGUUUAUAUUUCAGGUAUAAAUACUGUAUUUUUUAAUGUACAUUAAAUGGAAAAUAUUUUAAAUUUUAUUUAAUUUUUUAAAAUAGUACUAUUUUUCAUUGAGAACAGAGUAUUGGUAUGAGUCUCAAUCUGAAGUCUAUUUCAUGCCCUUGUUUAUAAUGUUCCUUUUUUUCAAAAGAAAAUUAGGGGUGAAAUUUUUAAUAAAUUACUAAACCCAA